CUCCUCCCUUUCAGCUGAGAUGAAGCUUCAGGUCACAGUGUGACACACUGCACAUGUGAGGAGACGACUGAACACCAGAAGGAACCUCGUCAUCACACUGAGCCUGAACGUGAUGUCAUGGAGGAUUCAUGGUUGAGGAUGAACUUCCAGAUCACAUCUAAAUCCACAGUCAGAGCGCUCUUCAGCCAGCAGCAGCAUUAGUUUGAAGAAAAGUGUACCAGUUGAUCUUCUGGCCAUGCGUAACAGGAUUCUGGACAUGUUCUUGGUCAACGUGUUGACAUGUGGGCUGGAGAUAUGUAUGGCCACCGGCACCAUCUAUAUUCCCCCCUUGCUUCUGGAGGCUGGAGUGCAGGAACGCUUCAUGACCAUGGUGCUUGGUAUUGGCCCUGUCCUGGGUUUAAUAUUCGUCCCUCCACUGGGUUCGGCGAGCGAUAGAUGCUGCAGUCGUUAUGGCCGCCGGCGUCCCUUCAUCUGGGCCCUGUGUGUUGGCGUGCUGCUUGGCCUUGUGGUCAUUCCUCAUGCUUCCCAGAUCGCCUCUCUGAUCUCUGAACACCAUCAGCAUGGGUUGGAGGUUCUGCUGUUGGUGUCCUCCAUCUGCAUAUUGGGGUUCUGCGGUCAGGCCUGCUUCACCCCUCUGGAGGCGCUGGUGUCUGAUCUCUACCCCGGGGAAGCGGAGAGCCGACAGGCCUUCUCCGUCUUCUCCAUAAUGCUCAGCCUGGGAGGAUGCAUCGGGUAUCUGCUCCCAGCAGUGGACUGGACAGGCCUGGGUGCAUCCUCUUAUCUGGGAGGGCAGGAGGCCUUCAUCUAUUUUCUCCUCACUGGGAUUUUCCUCAUGUGCCUCAUGACCACUGUCUUGAUCUCUGAGCAGACGGUCGGAGUCGUGACCGAGUCGUCCCGGAAAUCUCUGAGUUUGUACACACUGUGCUGUUGGCCAUUCGGGUUGUUCUCCAGGGCUCAGACGCUGAAGCAUGCUGUGGUUGACCUGUUUGCGUUCAUGCCCAGACUCUGGUCACUGUGCAGUCAUGUUCCCAGGGUGAUCACUAGGCUGUUUGUGGCUGAGCUGUGCAGCUGGAUGGCUCUGAUGACAUUCGUGCUGUUUUAUACAGACUUCGUGGGGGAGGGAUUGUAUGACGGCGUGCCGAACGCUAACCCAGGCUCUCCAGAGAGACUCCGCUACGAGGAAGGUGUGCGCGCGGCCAGUCUCGGCCUGUUCCUGCAGUGUGUGGCCUCAGUGAGCUUCUCUAUCCUGAUGGAGCGGAUGGUGGAGUGUGUUGGUGCACGUGUUCUGUAUCUGAGUAGCUUGGUUCUACUGGCGCUUAGCACGGCUAUAAUGAUCUUCUCCAAGAGCAUCAUCCUGGUGACUGUGAUGGCGGCGAUGACCGGUUACACCUUCUGUAUCCUGCAGAUCCUGCCGUACACACUCGCCUGUCUUUACCACUCAGACAAGCAGGUGUUCUUCUCCAGUAACAGGCCCAAACUCUUAUCCAGCAAGGAAGACCUGGCUGAUUCACCCCAGAAGCAGAUUUCUGCCUUAUACCGAAACACAAACGGGUGUUUGAAUGGUCACGCUGCGGCACCGUCCACGACCAAACCGGCUGUUUCCCCGUGUCUUGUUUCCCUGUACGUGGACACGUCGGCCGGCCCCUACCAGCCUCCGAGAGGAAUGUGUCUGGACAUGGCCAUCCUGGACAGUGCAUAUUUCCUGUCUCAAGUCAUACCGUCCCUCUUCAUGGGCUCCAUUGUGCAGCUUUUCAGCAGCGUCACCGCCUACAUGGUGUGCGCUUCGCUCCUCAGCCUGCUCGCCGUCGUCUUUUCCAGCAGGAUCGUCUUCACCAGGCAAGAAAUGGAAAUGCUCAAGUGACUCUACAGUAGACUGACUGUAUUUAUAUAGUGUUUAAUGCUAUAAAUAAAUAACAUUUCGACGGCAUUCUGUCCAGGGAUCAAUGCAGUGUUGUCAUGCUUAUACCAUAAGUGCCUGAAAUGUGCUCGAGGUCGAAACAUGCCAUGACAUGGAGGUGUGUGUUUUGGUAUUUUACUACUGGUGGAAUUCUCCGCCAUCUCUCCCAAUCCCGAUUUUUUUUCCAGUUUUCUGGAAAUCUACUCUUGAAGACUACUCUCGCCAGAAUUCUCACAAGGUAAUCCUUUCUUUCAUUCAUUCAUUUUCUACCGCUUAUCCAAACUACCUCGGGUCACGGGGAGCCUCAGGCGUCAUCGGGCAUCAAGGCAGGAUACACCCUGGACGGAGUUCCAACCCAUCGCAGGGCACACACACACUCUCAUUCACUCACGCACUCACACACUACAGACAAUUUUCCAGAGAUGCCAAUCAACCUACCAUGCAUGUCUUUGGACCGGGGGAGGAAACCGGAGUACCCGGAGGAAACCCCCGAGGCACGGGGAGAACAUGCAAACUCCACACACACAAGGUGGAGGCAGGAAUCGAACCCCCAACCCUGGAGGUGUGAGGCGAACGUGCUAACCACUAAGCCACCGGGACCCCCUAAUCCUUUCUUUCCCAAAGGAAUUCUGACCAAUCCUACAUGCUUUUGAAUUCUCUCCAUCACUAACUCCUAAUUAAAUAUACAUGCUCCCAACAGAAUACCGUCUAAUCCCGCUCACUCCUGAAGGAAUUCUGUCUUUCUCUAAUGACACAUGAAGAAAUAAACAGCGAAAGAAAAUAUAAAUGUGACGACGAAGAAACCUACAAAUGUGAUCACAUUUUCAGAUUUUUCAAAAUCUCUCCAUUUUGGUUUUCGUCCUCCAUAUCCACUUACACGUGGUAGUUUAGUGGUUAAGGUGAGAGAUAAAAUGUAAGUAGCUCUCGAUGAAGGUGUCUGCCAAAUGCUGUAAAUGUAAGGUAUAAAAUGUCUAAAUGGCAUCAAUUCCAGCUUGUUGCUGCAUGUCUGGUUUCAUUGCUAUGCUGAAGGUUGGCCUUUUAUCGCUUUUAUAUGGGAUGUUGUAGCCUAGUGGUUAAGAUGUUGGGCUACCAAUUGGAAGGUUGUGAGUUCAAUCCCAGGUCCUUCAAGCUGCCACUGCUGGGCCCCUGAGCAAGGCCCUUAACCCUCAAUUGCUCAGUUGUAUAAAAAAAGUUAGUCGCUCUGUAUAAGAGCAUCUGCUAAAUGCUGUUCAUGUAAUGAAAUGUAUAGCUGCUACUGCUUUUUUGAGAGCGUCAGGAUCGUUGUCCAAAACUCUUAAGCCGCCCUCACACUGCACACGACAAACGACUGCUGAUAAACCGGAAGUCAUUCAUUUCCUAUGGAGAGUCGCAAGGUCACGGCGUGAGGUGCCGACCAUCUGCGGGUCCGUAAUUUUCGGAUCCGUUUUGAGCGUUGGAUCCGUUAAAAAAAUCUAACUUGUGCGACUACACCGCAUCCGAUAUGCCGACCGCGUUUGUGAUGUAUUCCAAUGUUGUCCAAUCAGGUUCGUGUGCGUGAGGUGAUAAGAAUUAUUAAAAAGUAUUAAUAUAAACUUUAGUAAUUUUUAAACUUUAUCAAAAACAAUCUUUUUGUUUUAAAUAUUGUUAUUGAUAAAAAAGCAAUAAAUUAUUAAUAUUUAUAUUAUUUUUAAUGUUGUUCCCAUGUUUUUCCUCAAAUUAUUCGCAGUCUUUCUGGAUUGCAUGGAUUUGUUUGUACUCCUAACUUCAUUCACCAUGACAAAUGGAGGGAGAAUACAGGCUAAUUAAGUUUGCAAACAUUUAGCACAUUUUGCAAAUACAACACACCUGAAAGACCGACAAUCUCGUCAACACGCUUCCAUGCUUCAUUUUUUCUGUAAGCAUCUCUGUAUGAUUCAAGAGUUGGAUCAUAAAGUAACGGGUGUUCGGAGACCGCGAGAAUCACGCUUCUCUCCCAUGUUGACGUCUGCACGAUCAUAUUGCACAUAACGUGCGACUGGCACUAGGGGGCGAAAUCCGGCAAUCGUGUCCGUUUGUCGUGUGCAGUGUGAAGGCGGCUUUUACCUGUUUUCUCACUAGCAGGUGACGAGUCACACUUACCACUUGUAGUUUGUUUCCUGUGAGCUUUUGUAUUUAGUUCUGAUGAUCUACAGUAGUAACUGUUAUAAGCUUACUAAUGCAUUAAUCUGUUUGUUUGUUUGUUUUAUUACAUGUAACCUAAUAAGCUUCAUUGGUAGAUUAACAAAGUUAAUUGUACUAGCUAUGAACACACUAUAGACACACCCACUUAUCUCUGCUAGUGUGUAGUUUUAGUGGUUGAAGUUAAUUUUUAUUUCACAGCCGUUUUCUAAUUUACUUUCAUAACUUAUUUGAAUGUACAAUGUAUUUAUUUGGCCUUUGUGCCACUUUAUGGAACAAUAACUGAAACGAAGUUUUGUUGAAGCUGUGUAAACUAUAAUGGUUUGGAAAUCUUUUUUUCCACAUGAUGUACAUGACACUGGACAAAUCUGUUACAUUGCAUAUUUUAUCAAAGAUGUUAAGGGUUUUUAUAACUUGGAUCUCUGAACAUUUCUCUGGAUCUCUGUCAUUUAAAUCUGUGUAGCUCCGUUUUAACCUAGAAUUAAUUUGAACUUUGGCCUAUGGACAGUUUUAUUGAUCCUGUGAAGAACCAGAAAAUUAAAUAAUAUUCUUUAUACUUUAAACAAUUAGUCCCUGUAUUAUCAAACCUAAGCAUCCAGAAGUUAGGCUUGUGGUAGUCGUGUAAAGAAGAUUCCUCACACUACCGAGUUUGUUUCCUCAAAAUGGCAAAGCCCAUUGGCAUUUGAUUAGCAGUCUAUGCUAACUGUGAAAUUACAGUGGUGAUAGUGUUCGUUGAAGUCUUUUUCUUCGAAAUUUAUAUCUAGAAACAUAUCUGAGGGGAAAGUUGCCGUUUCUUACAGUUUGGUAUCGAAUUUGCAAGUUUACAUACCAGUAAACUUUGAAAUGCUAAAGAAUAACGUUAAAGAUGUAAUCGACUUUAUUUGGGGUAAAAAUCUGGUCAUUCUUUUGAGUUUUUGUGUCUUGCGAAAUAGGAUGAAAAAGUGCAAUUUGCUGUCAUCGUUAUGCGAGUUUGAAUAUUAAAGUCUUUAAUAAAUGGUGGGAUUUUGUUUGUUUUUUUCUCUCUAACUCUGUGCUAAGGUUUUUCUGACAUUUUGUUCUACUGCUGUCUGAACACCUUCACAUGCAUCAGCCUACUUUUAGGUAACUUUGUCCAAUUAAUAAAAUUGUGUUCACUGGAUAUGGGGUUGGGAAUAUGGAACAGAGUUCAGAUCUUUUUUAGAACUUAAUUUGUUGCAAAUGUAAAAUGUAUUAAAAUGAUCCUGUUUCUAAUGAACAGUCAAUAAAUUGUUACCUCAAUCA